UGUCCAAGAUGUCUAAAGCAGCAAAAAAACAACACUACUUCAGAGAACAGAGUAAAUGAGUUUGAACAAAAUGUUUUACCCGCUGAUGAUGGUAAAUUAUUUUGUACUAGUUGUUGUGUCUUGUUAGAUUACACCCAGCGAGCAACGGUUCAGCACCACUUGGAGAGUAAAACUGAUCUUCACAAAAAGAGGGCUGUUGGAAAAGAGCCACAAGAGGGAGCCAAGAAGAAAAAGAUGAUUAAUGUUGAAGAAAAGACUGAGAGCACAGAGGUUCACUGUUUGGCAACUGUGGAACUCGCCAACGUAAACGUUCCACUGAAAAAGCUUGAUCACACCAAACUAAGAGACCUUCAACACAAUGUCAAAAUCACAGGAGGUUUACCAAGAGCAAAUAAACUCAGACAGGACUACUUUCCCAGGUCUUUUAGACACAGUUUGAAGAAGUGAAGUCACUCACAAAUUCAUGUGAUUCUUUUUGAGUAAUUUCGGACAAGUUUACCAGUGAAGAGGUCAAGUAUGUUUUGCAGGUUAUUUUCAGUUUCAUGUUGGACAAAGAUGAGGAUGUUAGGAGUAGAGCUCUAAACGAUGUGCUGGCUGAUUGGGUUUACAAUACCACAGUUUCACAAGCCAUAAUUAAAACUCUCACAUAAUAAAGUGCAGAUUUUAAGGUUUGCUUUCAUUACUGACAAAGUAACCUACGUGAUAAA